GACGUGAAAAUGUUCCGAACAUAACAAAUCGCCAUGCGAUCUUGCUUAUUUACAUCUAAACCGGCACAUCUUCUCCGAACGUUAUUAUGGCAAAGAUGUCCAGUUGUGAUACAACACAGAUUAGUUUUCAAGUUAUCAAAAUCCGAAGAAACGAAUCGGAUACGGAAUAUUGGUAUUAUUGCUCACAUAGACGCCGGGAAAACGACCACAACUGAACGCAUGUUGUUCUAUUCUGGGUUCAGCGAACACCUUGGGUCUGUUGAUGAUGGUGACACUGUCACUGAUUACAUGGACCAGGAACGAGAGAGGGGAAUAACAAUCACCUCUGCUGCUGUGACGUUUGACUGGAAUAAACACCGGGUCAAUCUCCUUGAUACCCCAGGACACAUUGAUUUUACGGUGGAGGUAGAGCGGUGUCUCCGUGUCCUGGAUGGAACAAUCACAGUUCUAGAUGCUGCUGCAGGUGUGGAAGCUCAGACGCUAACUGUAUGGCGUCAAGCAAACAGGUACAAGAUUCCCUCCAUCAUGUAUCUCAAUAAGAUGGACAAGCCGCAUGCAGACUUUCAGCAGUGUUUGCAGUCUAUAGAGAAGAAACUUCAUGUGAAGGCAAUGCCUAUAUUUGUACCAGUCAGUUGUGAUAGAAACACUCUGAAACAAAUUGAUGUUGUAGGCAAGAAUUUACUCACUUGGGAUCUGAAGGAAUCUACAAAUGGCAGAAAAUUUGACAUUAAAAAAAUCUCCCCGGAUGUAGAUAAGACUUUAUGGGAAAACCUAAUAAAUUGGAGAACAUCCAUGGUUGAGACAUUAGCAGAUUUUGAUUUAAAACUGGAGGAGCAUGUUCUGUCAGAUACACCUAUAGCUGAUGUUCCUGCGAUAGAUCUGGUGCGAGGUCUGAGGCGGGCAACAUUAGACAGACACGUGGUGCCAGUGUUGGGAGGUAGCUCUCUACGGAACAUGGGUAUACAACCUCUAAUAGACUCUGUUUGUCUCUAUCUUCCUAAUCCAAGUGAUAGAAAUUUUGAAUUUACCAAGUUUUAUGGUGAGGACUUGUGUGCGCUUGUCUUUAAAAUAAUUCAUCAUAAAGAACGAGGGACUCUGACUUUCCUUAGAGUUUACAACGGCAGCAUUAAAGCUAAAGCAAACCUAUUUAACAUGAACCAGAAUCUAAGUGAGAAAGUGACACGACUACUGCAGAUUUAUGCUGAUGAUUUCCAAGAAAUCCUGUCUUCUGGACCAGGCACUAUAGUGUGUGUCACUGGACUUAAGUCAUCGAGAACAGGUGAUACAAUAACAAGCAGUCAGUCAGCAGCCAAUCGAGCAAGGAAAACCUUGCAAACACUUCAGGAGAAGGAACUAAGGUCAAAAGGUCACCAGGUCACUCAGAGUUCAGAACUGUCUGAUGAAGAUAGCCAUGAUGAUGAUGACACUAGUGAAGCCAUCCUAGCAGGAAUGCAGAUACCUACCCCAGUGUUCUUCUGUUCCAUAGAGCCACCAUCAACGUCUAGUCAGAGAAAGAUGGAGAUGGCACUGGAGUGUCUGCAACGUGAGGAUCCCAGUCUACAGGUGGAGUACAAGGAGGAAACCACACAGACCAUCCUGUCAGGCAUGGGCGAACUGCACCUUGAGGUGAUAAAGAACCGUAUAAUCAAGGAGUUCAAGGUUGAUGUGGACCUAGGACCGUUACAGGUGGCAUACAGAGAGGCCAUUAGUGGAAAAGACAUUGUUCAGAAGGAAAAUCUCAACACCAGGAUCGGCAAUCAACAUCACACAGUCAAUCUUACGAUGGCCGUCAGUCAUAAUCCUGAUGCAGAGAAAUUCACGCACAUUAAGAUUGUCAAUAGCGAGGAAGCCCCGUCCUUACAGACUAUCAGGAGGAAGUAUAUUAAGGCUAUUGAGAAUGGGGUAAAGGCUGCGCUGUCUGGAGGUCCCGUUUUGGGUUACCCUGUGAUAGACGUGGAGGUGUCGCUAUUAGACUUCAGUAUGAUGCGAGGGACAUCCCUCCCCAUGAUCAGUGCUUGUGCCUCCCAGUGUGUACGUCAUGCCUUAGAACAGGCAGGACCCAAACUUCAGGAGCCCUUUAUGAAAGUAGAGAUCAGUACAGAGGAAGAGUGGCUGUCCAACAUCCUUAAAGACCUGUCAAUGAGGCGUGGUGAGGUGGAGAGUAUACAUUACAGGGACGGGGUACGGUUAAUUGAAGUACUAGUACCACUGGUCAAGCUCCGGGGAUACUCUUCAGAUCUCCGUCGAAUUAGCUCAGGAUCAGCUACCUUUGUCAUGGAACUCGCCACCUUCAGAGACCUGUCCUUUGAGGAGGAGAAGAAAGUUAUAGAUAAAGCUACUGGAUUUUCAUCUUAGAAUUUAUUACUUUAACACAAUAAAUAUUUGUAUU